CUAAGGGGGAGGGAACUGGGUGUUGCCCUUUUAACGUCGUCUGAGUCCAAGCAGCAGCAACACACAGCCACUGUGAUUGGGGUUCAGUCUGCGCGAGCACUGCGUAACGGAGGCUUCAUCGAGACACUUCUUCGUUAACCGGCUUAAAAAACACCCUUUAGAAAAACCGACACCAUGGGCGUUGGCGUUGAUGGCUGCUCGAAAUGUAUUAAAUACAUUCUCUUCUUCUUAAAUUUCAUCUUCUGGCUGGCUGGUUGUGUAAUCUUGGGGGUUUCACUCUGGCUUCGUCAUGAUGCUAAAACAAGCAGUCUUCUGGACCUGAAGUUUGAGGGAACUGAACCACCCAGCACUUUCUACAUCAGUAUCUACAUCCUGAUUGCUGUUGGUGCUGUGAUGAUGUUUGUUGGAUUUCUUGGUUGCUAUGGAGCCAUACAGGAAUCCCAGUGUCUUCUCGGAACAUUCUUUGCCUGCCUGGUAAUUCUGUUUGCCUGUGAGGUUGCGGCUGGAAUCUGGGGAUUCAUGAACAAAGACAAGAUCUCCAAAGAGAUAAUCUCUUUCUAUGACUCUGUGUAUGACGCAGGCAAUUCACAAAGUGAAAAACGUAAGGCUGCCGUUGCUGUCUUGAAGGUCUUUCACGAGACUCUUAACUGCUGUGGCAAAGGAUCAAUUUUAAGUUUUGCUGAAACUUUGAGGACAGAAACCUGUACUACAGAAAUGAAACUGACGGCUGUGAACUGUCACACCAAGAUCAAAGAGCUAUUCUCAGAGAAGAUCUACCUGAUUGGCAUCGCUGCCCUGGUUGUUGCUGUAAUCAUGAUCUUCGAGAUGAUCUUCAGCAUGGUGCUCUGCUGCAGUAUCAGGAACAGCCCUGUUUACUGAAACACAGGGGCAAGAUAUGUCCUUUAAAAACAUCAGCCAAAAAAAAAAAAAUUAAUUUCGUUUUAUAUCUACCAUCUCCUAUUUUGUUUUGUAUCUACCAUCGUUUUAUAAUAUAGUCACUCUGUCCUGUUCCUAAAGUCUCAGAACAAUUUUUGAACCACCAACAGUGGAACCAACAACAACUAGUCUGCUAUUGUUUACGCUGUAGUUGGCGAUGACUAGUUACGAUCUGUAGCUUAAGCAGUAGACUUAUAAACACACACACACACAGUACAUUAUCACAUAAAGGAUGGAUACAUUUAUUUGCUUGUAGUUUUAUUUUGUGUGUUAACUGUUAAGUUUUGCUAUUGCUAUGGAUUACUAUCAUUCUUUUCGUAUGUACAUGUAUAAACUGUAUAUAUUUGCAGCCCUGUAUGGCUGAAUAAGCAUGAAUCUCGUAUUGAACACUCCUGUCCAUCUUCUUCUUUGAGACUGCUGCUUGUAUGUACACGUUUCCUCCUGAGAAACCACUAAAUAAACAGUGUUAGCUAGGUGGGAGAGAAAGUCAGAAUACUUAUUUGAGGUAAGAAUGCAAAGAUUGAAACUUGUUUAAAGACCCAGAUAUACUUAAUUUUCCGCGUUCUGCUCCUUCUAGCGCACAGUUGAGCGAGAAAGUGACACUCUAUCAGGUUGACCUUUGUCUCAAAUCACUCGCGCAGACACAAUAAUCGGGCAACACGUGCCAGCAGACAGGGAAAGUAUAUUUUCGUCUUAACAUUACAGAGUCGACGAGCACUACGUUUGCUUCUUACACUAUGCUAUUCAGUAGAGCUCAGUUGGUGCAAACAAAGCUUAAAUGUAUUUCCUGGAUUCAGUAGAAAUUAAUAUCAGUAGACAGCACUUUUCCAAAUUAACUGUACCUCAUUUUCUUCAAAAACAGCUACAGUCUGGGCUACAGCACUGACACGGGUUGAAUGUGGCCGAAUCGCAAAAAUUUUAGGUAGUAUAUUCAAUCGUAUUGCCUCAAUACGCAAAUAACAUGCAUUCUGACAUCAUUUUUUUUCUGUGUAAAGUUGUAUCCAAUUUUUACAACUUAGUUGCCAUGAGAAAUUAAAUCUAAAACCUCAAAAUGACCACAAAAAACAACUACUUUUAAACUUCAACAGAAAAAUUAAUGCUUUUAUAAAAGUACACAAGCUUCAGAUUUCUCCAGAAAUGUGCCCCAUUCACUUCCAUUUUAAGUGUCUCGCCGUAGCCAGUUUAUGUGGCAACAACUUGCCACAAAUGCUGUCUGUUGAGCUUAACCUGUGAAUUUUAUUGAACCUGUAAUGGCAGAAAGGGCGCUGAUCUCUGAUCAUUGUGUUUCUUGUACGUGGAAUCACAUGAACGAAAGAGCUGAUCCUAGAUCAGCGUUUUGCUUUAGAACGCUGUAAACACAGAGCUCCUGAUGCCCACUAAAAUCUACUAUCUUUUUACAGUAUGUUCUAUAGUGCAAUGUGUUGUCCCAUACAAGGAGUUGGACCCAUUAAGGAUUACUGCCUCAGUCGAGUUUACAGUAAUCUCAGCCAUGGAGAGGAUCGUACAUACCUAACAGCCUUAAUAAAUAAAUGAAACCCCCUAUCCCUUAAUCACUAAAAUCUUGUACCAUCCAGAUAAUCAGGACUUUACCUAGGGGCAAAUUGGCUCCAAAUUAGGCCUGAUUCCCUUGUGGGUGCCUGUAGUGUCACUCAACUGAAAAAUCCAGUGAGUUUGUGUGAAUGUACAUGUAUGCUAUAUGUUGACAGUGAAUUGAGAUGGACAGGUUUGAAUGGUUAUAGAAUGGACAAGCUCUCUUCACUGCCACCUCUAUCUCAGAUGUAGUUGCUGUAAUACCAUGCCAUUUUCACUAGGUGGCGCAAAGAUGUUUCACUUUUACUGGUGAUUACACUCUUACUAUGCCCGUGUACAUGUCUAUCGUGCACUUAUUCUUCUAGACCGCACUAAUACGAAGCCCCCCCCCUACCUGAUGUGAUGUAUGAAUGCCAUCAGAUUUGUGAUUUAGGCUACUUCAUACAUUAUGCAACCUUGUCCUGUUAACACAUAUUGCCUAUGCUGAUAUGCUUAAAAAGUGUCUUGUACAGCUAUAUAGUAUACUAAUGACUAUGUAAAGACAAUGUAUGCCUUUAAUUGUGAUAUCUUUUUCCUGGUACUUGUCAAAAAAAUAGAGAGAACCUCAGCAAUUAUUUCUGUUGAAGCAUGUAGGAAUUUUAGGGGGUCCUGACAAGUCGAGCAUGACUAUUACAUAUAUGAAGGUGAAACAGUUGUUUAUGAAAAUACCUGCCGUAGUUAAAAUACAUCAAGGUGUUUAAACACUAUCAAAUGUAACCUUGUGUUGUAAGGAUCUCACUUAUUUGAUACCCAAAUUGACAGCUGUCGCUCAAAUCUCUACCCAAUUGUAGAUUUUGGUCUGGUUUUGUUGCCCAAAUAUUCAGGAAUUAAAUGUAUUUUACAAAUAA